GCGGCGGCAGACACAGCCCCGGAGCGGGGCCGCGGCGGGCCGGGGGAGGCGGCGGAGGAUGGAGGAGGAGAUGCAGCCGGCGGAGGAGGGGCCCAGCACCCCCAAAAUCUACAAGCAGCGGGGCCCCUACAGCGUCCUGAAGACCUUCCCCGGGAAGCGGGCGGCGCUGGCCAAGCGCUACGAGAGACCCACCAUGGUGGAGGUGCCCCGCGGGCGCGGAGCGGGGCAGCCCUUCCCGCACGCCGCCGAGCCGCUGCCCUACGCGCCGCACGGCCCCUUCCCCAACGGGCCCGCCCGCCCCGCCGCCGCCCCCGGCGCUGCCCAGGGCCACCCCCGCCCGCCGCCGCCGCCGCCGGCCCCGAGCUCCUCGGGCCGCUACGGCCCCUGCCCGGCGGCGGCGGGGGGCGGCGGCGCGGAGCUGAGCGCAGAGAGUCGAAUGAUUCUGGAUGCCUUUGCCCAACAAUGCAGCCGGGUUCUAAGUCUCUUAAAUUGUGGUGGAAAACUACUGGACAACAACCACUCUCAGUCCAUGAUUUCUUGUAUAAAGCAGGAAAACCCAAAUUAUAGUGAAAGACAAGAGCAAUGUCAGCUUGGGAAAAUGGUCCAUAGUCAGACGUCAGACAUUUUAGACAUAGAGAUGCAGUAUAUGCAAAAGAAGCAACAAACCUCAGCCUUUCUGAGAGUUUUUACCGAUUCCCUUCAGAACUAUUUGCUUUCUGGGAGCUUUCCUUCUCAGAACACCUCAUCAGUAAAUGAUUUUAGCCAUUUGGCAGAUGUGGAUCCACUUUCAACCUCUCCAGUACAUACUUUAGGUGGAUGGACAUCUCCAGCAACAUCUGAAUCUCAUGGUCACCCAUCAUCUUCUACACUUCCAGAGGAGGAAGAGGAGGAAGAGGAAGAAGGUUACUGCCCUCGAUGUCAAGAGCUAGAGCAGGAGGUAAUUUCAUUGCAACAAGAAAAUGAGGAACUUCGUAGAAAAUUGGAGAGCAUUCCAGUGCCCUGCCAGACUGUUUUAGAUUAUUUGAAGACUGUACUUCAGCAUCACAACCAGCUUAUGGUACCACAGCCAACAGACCAUCCGACUGAGGGGAGCAAGCAGUUGCUGAACAACUACCCUGUCUACAUUACUAGUAAACAGUGGGAUGAGGCUGUAAAUUCUUCCAAGAAAGAUGGACGACGGCUCCUUCGCUAUCUCAUCAGAUUUGUUUUCACAACCGAUGAGCUUAAGUACUCAUGCGGCCUUGGAAAAAGGAAAAGGUCAGUGCAGUCAGGAGAGACAGGUCCUGAAAGACGUCCUCUGGAUCCAGUAAAAGUAACAUGUCUCAGAGAAUUCAUUAGGAUGCAUUGUACUUCCAACCCGGACUGGUGGAUGCCAUCCGAAGAGCAAAUAAACAAGGUAUUCAGUGACGCAGUAGGACAUGCUCGUCAAGGGCGUGCAGUGGGGACUUUUCUUCACAAUGGGAACUCGUAUUACGAAGGGACUGACCAUCCAGGAUCACAGGAUGAAGUCUUCAAUAGAGGUAUGCAAGAUGGAUCUGCUGAUUGAUGGCAGUGAGAAGAACCUCAUACAACAGUAGCAACCACUUAAUUUAGGAGAGACUGUUUGUUAAACAUACUUAUCCUGCUGUCAUUUAAGAGUCCAAAGCAUGUUUGAACACAUACUGCCUACAUUUCAGCUUCUCCAUCCUACCAUGUCCCAGUUAACUGAAAGAAAUACAUUUCAAGACCUGCUCUAUGGGACUUCUCAGUGCCUAUUAUUUCCAAAUCCUUCAUAGCACCCUCAAAGGGAAAUUGCAGUUCAUUUCAUCUAGUUCCAGAGGAAAGGUAAUUUAAAAACUAUGAAAAUGUCAAAAGAAACAGGAGCUACUAUCUCAUCUGCCUAUUGCUAACAAGCCCAGGUCUGGACACAGGACAGCUGGGUACCCUUUGCUUUCCCUGUGUAGGAGAUGUAAGAACAACUCUGCACACUUACUAAAAAAAAAAGCAGUCUCCCAUUUCCUAACAGAAAAUAAUGUAAUUAUAGAUGCUACCUUAAAAUACCACACAAGAUGGAAAAUUCAGGGACUUCCUUUAGCCAGCUGCCAAGGAAAUUAAGCUUCCCGGGUAAAACAGCAGCACUUGUCAACAGCAGAAUCCUUCAAAGACCCAGAACAAUAACAGGCACUUCUAAUAGAUAAAAAUUGCUUUGUAUAACAGAUAGACACUGUAUUUAUCUAGAUUUAUAGGGGAUUAGAGUUGAUCAUGACAGUUUUCAUUAAAAUAAGAUUGCUAAAAACAAAUUGCCAUUUCAGAAGACAGGUUUUGCUUUGUCUGUUCCUAUUCUACAGCCAUAUUAUGUAGCUUUAGAGGCUUUAAAUUGCCUUUUCUUGGUUUUGCUUUCAUUUGUGUUUUAUAUCCAUUCCUUGAAAUAAAUGAGGCAGCGUGCUGGUCUUAACAGUCAGAUGCUCAGUGUUCCAUUCAGGGAGAAGCUGGGUAAGAAAAGCCAACUUACAACUUGUGUUGUAGUUAAACCUGGGGUCCAGGCUGAGAGCUGUAAGAAAAGAGCUGUACUAGAGCAGAAUUGUACUAGAGCAUACAACAUCGGAAGCAGAUACCAAAUUGAAAAAAAAAAAAAAAAACCACAAAAAAAACCCCACAACAAAUCAGUCCACUGAAAACCUUUAAUUUUAAAGGCUUGGGAGUCCACUGUCCCUCCAAAUUGAUGCACUGCAGAAAUUAUACAAUGCCAAAGAAACGAUACCCUUUCCUUCCCGUGUCAGGGUGUUUCCAUCUCCUUUCCCUUGUCCGGUUGCUCAGGCCAGUGCUGGUGCCCUUCGCAGCCCGAACCAGCUCUCCUCGAGGCCACGUUUCCCCACUGGCCCAUACAGGGAACUGCUUUUUGGGAAGAAAGUUCACUUUGCUUUUGACCAUCCUUAGUGCUACCUCAUCAGCGUUGGCUCUCCUGAACGUGUGUCUCAUACUCCCCAGCUUUCCUAACCACCUUGUGCAAGCGACGAGAGAAGCUACUAAUUGCUCCUUUUACCCUUCUCCUUCCCGACGGCCUCCCCGCGCACCGGGCAGGGCAGGAGGCACCUGGCCCCUUCCUCAAAGCUCGGGAAGGGCCCUCUGGGGCGAAGCGCUCCUUUCGCUCCGGCCUGAUGGCGGAUGGAGGACUGAGGCAGCCCCCCGGGGCUCAGCUCACCCACCCGAUAGUCUCUUCCCACCGUUUGCCACCUCUUUGCCUGCGGUUGUGACCCGUCCCUCACAGCCGGCCGGCAGGACGUCUUGGGACAUAGGGUCACCGUGCACCGCUGUAGAGGGGACCUUGCUCGGCUGGGAUGUGCUUUAGGCCCUUAAAUGUCUGAUACCUCUCAAUUAACUUUAUUUGUGGUGACUUUUACAAGGGGGUUGGAAGGCACUCACUUGCCCCAGCCUAACUCAGAAGUUUUCUGAAAGGGAACAAGCAGUUUAGUCACGCUGCACGCACCAGGCCGAGGGGUUUGGGAGAGCAUCCCUCACCAGGGGCAGGAGAUGACUUUCUUUGAGCUGUCAACGGUGCAUGGUGGCCUCUGGAGGAGAAACUCGGUGUAUAGAAAUGUCACGGUACAGCUAUCCUACAGUAGCUUUUCAGUGUUGAACUUACACUUUUUUUAAAAGAACUGUAAUAGAAGAUGUUACAUUGCUCAGAUGGUGUAAGUCUUGCUGGUCUAUGUUUAAUGUGGUGACACUUGCCAGAACUACUUGGUAAAACAUGUCAGAACGUGUGAGUCAACAUUAUACUGUAAAUUUGUCCACGGCGAUAUGUAUCAUGCUGUAUUUUUGUAAACAUUGUGAUGGUUUCCUUUCAAAUGGUUAAUUGUAUGAGGUUAAAAAUACAAACGCUUCAUUUUUAACAGUCACAGAACGAAUUACUGGACUGGACAGACCUCUCUCACUUAAUAACCUAAAGAUUUGCUGAAAUAACUAGUAAGCCUAGCUUUAUUUUUUAGUGUAAAAAAUGUAGCCAGCGUCCUGGAACCACUCAAUCCUCUGCUCUCAUAUUGUGCAAAGUAACCAAAUGUAUAGUGCUUCAUCCUGAAAGCCACUCUGGCAGUAGAAAUGGCUUUGCAGGUUUGGACCUUUCUUUACAAACAAAGUUUUGCCCUCAGUUGCUUGCAUGCACUGGCCAGUGACAUGAAUCGGUAGUCACAGACAGGCAUUAGCAGACACCAGCUCAUUUUUUUUGGUUCAUGUUUCCUUUUAAAAUAAUGGAGUACGACAACUUUUCUCAGUUGUCUUUGUAUCCAUCGUGGCCACUCGACUCUUGACCCACCAUUUUAAAAACAAAAAACCCAAACCGUUCACAACAGCUUACUCCGAUUAUAUUCGUUCAUGAAGCAUUAUAAAUUCAUUCACAUUGAAGUGUCUACAUACCUGCAAGAUGUUAGGUAUAAUAGCGUGGGACCUGAAGUAAUAGAUAGCACAUAAGCCCUUGCAGAGCAAGAUAUCCAUACUUAAGCAGUGUGCUUUGAAAGUCAGCACAUCCCUUCCCAGCUAUGGAUGUAGACAGCAGGCUUGCAACAGAAGGAAACUGCUAUCUAUCAUGUCACUCCAGAAAGUCCCAGGAGGAUAGAGAUUCUUGUCUUAUCAUUCCAUACUCUUUAAUCUUACUGUCAUUUAUGUAUCUGCCUUCUCUCAAACUUUGUGUAGCAGUACCACACGCCCAUCUGUGCCAACAUGCCUUCGCUAUAUUUUCUAUGACAAAUAUUUGUGGAGAAACUGUGAUUAAAAAACCAUUAAUCCUGAUAUUUUUAUUGUUAUGGUGUAGUUAAUUCUAUGAAUACUUUCUAAUGAUGAUUGUACUGUGUAGAGUAAGUACAGGUUAGGGAUAGACCUUUACCAGAUAUUGUACAAAAGAAGUGCAUAGUGUAAUAUAGACUAGUAAGGUUUUUGUGACAAUUUCUAUAGGAUGUGUGAAUUGUUUUCUAUGUGGCAACACACAUUUCUUUUAAAGAAUAUAAAAACUUAGAGAAUUUUUUAAACAGUCAAUAUUUUUUAAUUAUAAAGACAUUUGUUACCUACAGUUUACUAUUUCAGGUGUUAAUUCUAAUUUGAAUAUUGGUUUUAUUACUGCAUACCUCCAGUUCCAUUUGUUCUGUUGCAUAAAAAUGCACAAUAAAAGUUAGUCUCUGGUUAACCCCUCUCUCUCUCGGCGUUGCUGUGUUGGUGUGACAGCCAUUGCAACUGGUUCUCACUAUAAAUAUAUAUUAAAAGUUUUAGGCUCAUAUUUACAUAAAAAGCUAGAGGGUUGUCUUUUGCAUUAAAUUCUUGUUUGGUGUGAAGCACUGGCAAGUGCAGUGAAAGAUUAUGAAUUCAAGUAUGAAUAUAAUAUAAAUCAUUUUCACCUCAAAAUACAACCACAUAUAUUUAUGUGCUGGUUAGAUAGAAAGACUGCUCAGAGAAAGUACCCAUCUGCAAUCUUAAGACCUGGAUUUUCAAGCAGUGAAGUUUAAAUCCCAUUUUAAUUCAAAAUUCAGUGAUGGCUGAAUGUCUCCCGUUCUCUUCAACGCUUUAGAAAAUCCCAACUCCAAAUAAUUUGUAGAGGAAUUACAGUGACAAACAUUCACCAUGGCAAACCCCUUCUGCUGGGCUGUGAAGCCAGACGGGUCAGACUGCAGGCUGGUGCCAUUCAUUAGAAAUGCUUGCCAAAUGUUUCCAUUAUAAAACAAACAUUUCAGGUGCCUGUAACGUUGCGAAACUAACAGGGGUUGGGCCAGGAUUUUCUGGAUCCAGGCUUCAGCCUACUGAGUUUUUUGUGAAAGUCCUUAUUGGUGAAAAGCCUUAUUAGUAAGAUCCUCACCAAAAUAAUUCACGUGAUUUUGAGAAAUGUAUGUAAAAAACUGUGUUAAUCCCUCUGAAAAAAAUUGUCUCUGGAACUUCUCUUUGGAACGCUCUGACUUAGACUUUUUGAUGGGGCAGUACAGGCAGGGAACUGGCAGGGAAGGAGAGCAUGUAGGUAAGGAACCGGAGCAGCAACUGGGUUUCUGAAGCUUGGAAAGAUUCCCAGAGAGAUUAGGUCUAAUAGUGGAGUCCAUAAGCAGCUGGUAAGCGUGAGAGGUAGCGACUGGGGCUGGACAGGCAGAGAAAGGGUAAGGAAGAAGUCCCUGGGAUGGGGGAGAACCAGGCCUGGGAAAUAAGGGGAACUGGCAGCACAGUUGGCUGGUCCUUCAGAAGCAUGGCCCACCACUGCCGGCAGUUACGCCUUUGCUCAAGUACAAAGAUGUCCCCGAAGAGAACCUGUAACUUCAAAGUCAGCCAUUGAAUUUCAUGCAUAUAAAGGAAUUUCAUUUUUACCUCAUUUGUUUAGAACAAGCUCAUGUGCAAGCUCGCUGUAAUGAAAGUCUUCGUAAUCUUACUUUAAUAAAACUAUUCAAGUUGCAAAAUCUAGCCCUCAGGAGUUCAGCUAGGCAGGAACUGCCGUGUUCUCUGCCACCUUCCCUGUGCUGAGGCAACACUGUGACCGAAGCAGUCAGUCCAGGACAAGUUUCAGAAUAAGAAGUGCAUCAGAGUCCCAGGGAACACAGCACGACGUGGCACAUUUCAACCUUCAUCCCACUGUGCCCAAAACUGGGAUGGUUCUACCUCUUCUUCCAUAGUGGGAUUGUGUGCGAAGGCUGGUGUUACUGAAGAACCAGAGCUAUAGUGCCAAGCACAACAGAAAAGCCCUUGAAGACGGUAACAAGCCUGCCCACAGACUAGCUUCAGCGCAUGCAGUACAUAAAACCAGGCCACCGAUCAAGGAUAAAACCAAACAGUAAACCACUGCUGAAGAAGCAGCACCCUCCUCAAAUGGCUGAGGCUCUGGGCAACAACAGCAUUGUAGAGAUAACGACUCCCAGGCAUAAGCAGACCGAGAUACUUUUGCACAGCAGCAUUCAUUUUGCUCUCUCCUAACAUCCGAGGCCUUAAGAUACUGCCUUUGCAACAUUCCCUUCUCAUACCUUUGCAAUCAAGUAGCUCACACAGCACAGGCACCACCACCACAAGGUGAGUGCUGACCUGCAAAGUUUAGCUUUGGUUUGUAAACAUGCGCAUAGACAAUAUCUCAAAACAACCAGGGAAGAACGAACCUCCCUUGCCUUACCUGGUACUUAUGCUCAUCUGCGCCAUGGGUGACAGAUGGCCCCCAGGUGCUUCAGCAGGAGGAAAGCAUGAGCACAGCUCCAGAUGACAGUCAUAUAAAUCUUUGUUAUUGAUACAGCAAACCAAUACCACUGAUGUGACUUAGGCACUCACUCCUUGAGUGGGGCCGGUUUAAACCAAAGUUUCUGUCUUGGUUAUUUCCUAGCAAGUUCGUGCAUGAACAGCUCUCCAGAGAUAAAUCCUCCCUGCUGCAGCUUGCAGUCCCUCGGUAUGCUUGGCAGAUCUCUGUAUAUGACCUUACCCUGUGAAUACAAAAACCCUCCUCAAAGACUCUUCAACACCUGAAGUAGAAAAGCACCUUCCAUUGCAGAUGUAUGGCAUUAACAGGGGGGAAAAAAAAAUAUCCACCAGCAGAUUAAUUAUCUGAGUCAAGAGAAAAAAAAAAUCUGACAUGAACUUAGAUAACAGCAUUGGGGAAAAAGCUAAAAAACCUUUUGUCCUUAAACUCUCCCACUCAUCUGGCAGAUAUAAUUGCCACAGCCAAGGCAGUCUUUGUAGGAAAAUGGAAAGAAACAGGUUUGUUAAUGACUCAAAGUAGUUUCCCAUUAGUAAAGUUAAUAUUAAAUUUAAUUCUCAUUUAGGAACAAGGUCAGUAACACAGCAGAAAAAGUCUAAUUAACCCUUUCAAAAAUGCCUUGUAGUAACGUGAGUGAAAAACUGAAGUCUUCUUGCAAAAGGAUGAGAACCUGAAAGAGCUAACAACUGAACUACUUACUGAACUGAUGGAAAGAGGGAUUUUUUUCUAAAGGAUAAUCCAAAAUGAGAAGCAGAGCAGCAAGCAGUUCUAACACAAGUCUCUUGACAAAAGGAACGUGAAGGAAACACCUAGGCUACCUUUCUCAUCCACAGCAUCAGGAAGACAGUUCCAGGGUGUGGCUAAUCAUUGAGGGGAAAAAAAAAAAUCAGCCUUGGCAGGUUUGUGAACCCACCAAACACUAGCUAGAGCAUUGCUGCACAUCUCCCCCAAUGACCCAGAAGUGUCUAAUCGUCGCCUGAGCAGGUGGAGCUCUUAGAACGUAGAAUUUGGAAUUAGUGUUCUCCACCCCAAACCCCUUGUUUUGAACCACCUGGAGACUGAAGCUACAUAUUUGUCAGGUCAGAACCAAGGAAGUCGGUGCAAGGCAUAAAGGGAAGGAGCAGAACGGGUCAAAGUCCACAAGUUUUGCAUAGACCUAGCUAGAAGUAGCAGUCAUGUCCCUUGCUAAGUUCUCUGUGAUGAGAUUAUGUGAGUAUUUACCUAUUUCUUUUGAUCAAAACCUAAGCUCUUAGUGGAAGCAACAGAUCUGAGCUGUUUAGAGAAGCUGGGGACAAUCAGGUUCUAAGGAAGUUUGGCUUUCUUCAAUGGCAGAAGAAAGAACAAAUGCCCUCCUAUUUAUGCCUGGAGAGAAUUAAGAAAUGUGAACAACAUACCAAUUCAUGAACUUCAG